UUUCUCGACAGUAAGGAGGUCUCCUGCAGUUCUUCUACAUAUGAGUAUUCAUAAUACUUCAUCUCUCUCUCUCUCUCUCUCUCUCUCCACUACAUCUACAACUACAACACACUUGAAUGAUCAAGUCAACCAAUCACCCCAGUUGAUUGACAGCCUGGGGUCUCCAGGUAUUAACCAGGUAAUCCAAACAACUAAAACCACAUCGUCAUCUUGUCAUUCUCUCUCAUCAACAACUCAAUCACUCUCACCGACUUCUUCCUCCUCCCCUCCUCCUUCCUUCCAUUGGUUCAUCCUUUAUAUAAUUUUAGUCCUGUCUCAUCCAUUCUAUUUACUCUUUUUUCUCUCUCUUUUCCGUUUCCCCUUCUCUCUCUCUCUCUCUCUCGCUUCUUGUUGGGGGUUGUUUGACUCUCUCACUCUCUAUAGCACAUAAGGUUGAGUCGGUUCUACACCAAAACCCGCCGGAUUAAUUUCCCUGCCACCGACUAAUGAUUCUUGUGCUCCUCUCUUCUCCGACAAACCCCCUGCUUGUCGGGUCCUUUUGAUUGUUCUGUCUUGGCUCUGGGAGUUUCAUUUGAUUUAUUUUUUUCUGGCUUUGAUCUAAUUUAAAUUUUUUUCCUCACCUUCUCUGUGCGUUGGUCCAUCAUCCACACCUGGUUGCUCUCUCUCCCCUUCUUUUCCAUCCUCUUUGGUUUGUUUGUUUAUUUA